AUGCAACCUGCGACAGCAACACCAGCAGCAUCGAGGCCAGAGUCAGAUGAAGCGCUAACGGAGAUUCUCCCGGCUAAUGGGUUUGUAUUUCACGAAGUGGAGGAUUACACAGAGUUGCUUUGCCCACCAAAGUUGUUGCCCAUCAAAUCCUUUACACUAGAACGGUUAGAGAGUCUUGAAAAGAGAGUCACAGAGGAAGCCAAAGCAAAGAGGGUAGCUCAGCAGCAGCAACGGGCAGUGCCUAUGUGGAACACCGCUACUGCUGCACCGGUGUUAUCACCACCCAGUGGCACGCGGUGA